AUGGUGGAAACGCGUAUCGACGGGGAGUUGAAUGAAAUCCGCAGCCGCAAUCAAGCGCAAGACGAACGACUGUUGGCUCAAGAGGCCCGAUUCGAAAGGAUGGAAGCUAUGAUGGCUUCAAUGAGCGAUGCAAUCAACCGACUAAGCACAACUGGGAAUAAUCAAGUACCACCAGAUGAAGGUCAAAAUCUCCGAGGUGAUAAUCAUCGUGAUCGCAGACGAGGCGAAGAUGUAAGACAUCGGGAAGUUCAUAACGAGGAAAGGUAUCAACCUCCAACUAGGCUGUCGAAGAUUGAUUUUCCAAGGUUUAACGGCGAAAAGGUGGAUGACUGGAUUUACGGAGUCGAGAUGUUUUUUCAAAUAGACCGAACAUCAGAAGAAUCAAAGAUGAAUUAUGCAUGUGCUCAUCUGACCGGUCGAGCGCGUUGCUGGUUCAGCUCAUAUUUACAACACCGACUUCCAGGGCGAGCUAUGACAUGGAACGAACUGAAGCAGUUAGUUUUGAAAGAAUUCGGUCCAAGCGAAUUGGAUGAUCCACUAGACGAAUGGAAGGACUUGAAGCAGACGACAACCGUUAAGGAUUUCGGUAAGAAAUAUCUCGAUAUUACAUAUAAACUGCCACAUCUUACUGAAGAGUACUCCAUUAAGGGAUACUUAAAUGGACUCAAAGAAGAAAUAGCCAAUCCAAUCAGGAUACAGAAACCUCAGUCCUUAACUGAAGCGAUGGGAAUGGCUAAACUUCAAGAACGAACUAAUCAGAAAUUACAAGAUGCUGUUUUUGAUUCGUUAGUGCGGCGAGGCUAUUUAGCAAACAAGGGAGGUCCAUUACUGCCAACUCCGAAGGCUGCAUCUUUCCUGAAUCGAGGAAAUAAUAAUGGACCGUAUAAUAGAACAUCGACGAACCUUGCGAGCAGUUCUAAUAGUACAGGCCAGUACAAUAGAGCAACAAAUACUAUUCCAAGAAAAGUCAAUUUAGAUCAGAAAGCGUAUGACGAGAAAAAGAAAAACAAUCAGUGCUUCUAUUGUGAAGAGAAAUGGGAGUAUGGUCAUAGAUGUAGGGCGGGUGCCAUUGCGAUGAUAAAUGAACUAUUCGAGGAAGAGAAUCAGGAAGAAAAAUUGGUUGAAACCGUGGACGAAUUAGAAGAUGGCGUUGCAAUGACAAUUGAAGGAUCAAAUACAUUUGAUACCAUGAAGGUGCAAGGAACGGUAGGACGAAACAACGUAUAUAUUCUGAUAGACUCGGGAAGUACGCAUAAUUUUAUUAACCCACGAGUGAUCAGGAAUACAAAAUUUGUAACGUCUCCGGCGGUUAAACUAAUGAUCACAGUAGCAAGCGGUCGUCAAUUGGUAAGUACUACCAAAUGUCUUGGAUUACAAUGGUCAGCUCAGGGAAUAGAUUUCAAUGUCGAUGCACGAGUAUUGUCCAUUCCCAAGUAUGACAUUAUACUCGGAAUAGAAUGGUUGGUGACACUUGGUGGAAUUCAGUGGGACUUCAAGAAUCUGAUAAUGGAAUUUUCAUUUAAUGGUGAACUGCGGAAGCUACACGGGGAUACAUCCAAUUUGGUUUCCAUGAUAGAAGGCAGAACAUUAGGGAAGGUUAUCCGAAAGGGCGCUAAUGUGGCUAUGCUGAGUAUUGGGGAAUCAGAAGGGUGUGAAUCGGAAUUGUAUUCCGUAAUAAUAUCUUCACCAGAGGCUGACAAGGAACAAAAAUUGGAGAAACUGUUAAUAGAGUUUGAAGAAUUAUUCAGAGAACCUACAACACUUCCACCUACUCGCAAUUAUGAUCAUCGAAUUAAUCUCAAAGAAGGAGCAGGAACCGUUAGCUUAAGGCCAUACCGAUAUCCUGCUCUUCAAAAGGAUGAAAUGGAAGGCAUGAUAGAAGAGAUGCUUAAAUCAGGAGUGAUACGCAAAAGUUAUAGUCCAUUUUCUUCACCCAUUGUGCUGGUAAAAAAGAAGGACAAAAGCUGGAGAUUAUGCAUCGACUACCGACGUUUAAAUGAGUUGUUGCUGCAGAGUGAUUCGAUGUUGCAAAGUGAUUUGAUGAAGCUAGGGAAAACAAUGAUUAUGGUAGGAUUUACUUCCAUCACUACAUUAGAGUCUUCCUCCUCUUGUGCUGUUGCGUCCUCCAGCCUUGCCUUAUUUGCUUUAGAAGCCGUCUCGGCAGACUCUUCUAUUGAGUUGAAGAUUCGGUUGUUUGAGCUUUCAGCGGAUUCCUCAAGGAUUAGCCUCCUUCUCCUUCUUGUUGUUGAUCUCUUGGAGAGGGUUGUUGAUUGUCCGCUCGACUAUUGUACGGAUGUUUCAAGGCUGGAGUCCUGCACCCCAUUUAACAUGAUAAGCAGAAUCCUGGACCAUCAAAUGAGCGCCCAGAUCUCAUCCGACAGCUUAGAGCGCGCCAGACACUUAGUUGUAGUGGAAUCACAUGCGUGCGUCCGCACCAGAUCAACUAACGGGAUGGACUAUCCCCGUUAG